GUUUAUCGCGCGGCCGAUUUUUGGUUAAAAUAUUCAAAAUGGCGGACGGAGGAGCAGCGAGUCAAGAUGAGAGUUCGGCGGCGGCGGUGGCGGCGGCGGCAGACUCAAGAAUGAACAAUCCGUCAGAAACCAGUAAACCAUCGAUGGAGAGUGGGGACGGGAACACAGGCACGCAAACGAAUGGCCUGGACUUUCAAAAGCAGCCUGUGCCUGUCGGAGGAGCAAUCUCUACAGCCCAGGCCCAGGCCUUCCUUGGGCACCUUCAUCAGGUCCAGCUCGCUGGAACAAGUUUACAGGCUGCUGCUCAGUCCUUAAAUGUACAGUCUAAAUCUAAUGAAGAAUCUGGGGACUCUCAGCAGCCAAGCCAGCCUUCCCAGCAGCCUUCAGUGCAGGCGGCCAUACCCCAGACCCAGCUCAUGCUGGCCGGAGGACAGAUCACCGGGCUCACGUUGACGCCAGCCCAGCAACAGUUAUUGCUCCAACAGGCGCAGGCCCAGUUGCUGGCGGCUGCCGUGCAGCACUCGGCCAGUCAGCAGCACAGCGCUGCUGGUGCCACCAUCUCGGCCUCUGCUGCGACGCCGAUGACGCAGAUCCCUCUAUCUCAGCCAAUACAGAUUGCACAGGAUUUGCAGCACUUGCAGCAGCUUCAGCAGCAGAAUCUCAACCUGCAACAGUUUGUGUUGGUGCAUCCAACAACCAACUUGCAGCCAGCACAGUUCAUCAUCUCACAAACGCCGCAGGGGCAGCAGGGUCUCCUGCAAGCGCAGAAUCUCUUAACGCAACUACCUCAGCAAAGCCAAGCCAACCUCCUGCAGUCUCAGCCAAGCAUCACCCUUGCCUCGCAGGUUUUCUUGGAAAUUCAGAGGCGUGAAGGUGUGAGCUCCCUCAAAAGCUCCAAAAGGGGAUUACUGACAAGUCUCUUUCUGAAGAUUGCAGUGCCAGCAACCCCAACACGCACAAUAGCAGCGACCCCCAUUCAGCCACUUCCACAGAGCCAGUCAACACCAAAGCGAAUCGACACUCCCAGCUUGGAGGAGCCCAGUGACCUUGAGGAGCUUGAGCAGUUUGCCAAGACUUUCAAACAAAGACGGAUCAAACUUGGAUUCACUCAGGGUGAUGUUGGGCUCGCUAUGGGCAAACUCUAUGGAAAUGACUUCAGCCAAACUACCAUCUCUCGCUUUGAAGCCUUGAACCUCAGCUUUAAGAACAUGUGCAAGUUAAAGCCACUUCUGGAAAAGUGGCUCAAUGAUGCAGAAAACCUCUCAUCUGAUUCAACUCUCUCCAGCCCAAGUGCCCUGAAUUCUCCAGGGCAAGGGAUCGAAGGCUUGAACCGUAGGAGGAAGAAACGCACCAGCAUAGAGACCAACAUACGUGUGGCCUUAGAGAAGAGUUUCCUGGAGAACCAAAAGCCUACCUCGGAUGAGAUCGCCAUGAUAGCUGACCAGCUAAACAUGGAGAAGGAGGUGAUCCGCGUUUGGUUCUGUAACCGGCGCCAGAAGGAGAAAAGGAUCAACCCACCCAGCAGUGGUGGAACCAGCAGCUCGCCCAUCAAAGCAAUUUUCCCUUGUCCAACCUCACUGGUGGCAACCACGCCAAGCCUUGUGACUAGCAGUGCAGCUACAACCCUGACUGUCAACCCCGUCCUCCCUCUGGCCAGUCCUGCUGUCACCAGUCUGUCAGUCACAGGCACAACAGAAACCACCUCCAACAACACGGCGACAGUGAUUUCAACAGCACCUCCAGCUUCUUCAGCAGUGACAUCACCCUCCCUGAGUCCUUCCCCUUCUGCCUCAGCCUCCGCUUCAGAGGCAUCCAGUGCCAGUGAGACCAGCACAACACAGACAACCUCCACCCCCUUGUCCUCCCCUCUCGGGACCAGCCAGGUGAUGGUAACGGCAUCAGGGUUGCAAACGGCGGCAGCGGCCGCCUUACAAGGAGCUGCACAGUUGCCUGCAAAUGCAAGUCUUGCUGCCAUGGCUGCUGCAGCAGGACUAAACCCAGGCUUGAUGGCAUCCUCGCAGUUUGCAGCUGGAGGUGCCUUACUCAGUCUCAAUCCAGGGACAUUAGGUGGUGCUCUCAGCCCGGCCCUGAUGAGCAACAGUACACUGGCAACUAUUCAAGCUCUUGCAUCCGGUGGCUCUCUUCCAAUAACAUCACUGGAUGCAACUGGAAACUUGGUGUUUGCCAAUGCUGGAGGUACCCCUAACAUCGUCACUGCCCCUCUGUUCCUGAACCCUCAGAACCUUUCUCUGCUCACCAGCAACCCAGUUAGCUUGGUCUCUGCAGCUGCAGCCUCCGCAGGGGCCUCUGGACCAGUCGCCAGCCUUCACGCCACCUCCACCUCAGCCGAGUCCAUCCAGAACUCUCUCCUCACGGUGGCCUCUGCCAGCGGGGCCACGUCCACCACCACUACUGCCUCCAAGGCACAGUGAGCCGGGCUGGGCUCUGCUCCAGCAGCCUGGGUCACUGUGCGCUGGGAUCGGCUGCCAGCCCGGUUGAUGAACUGAAAAUGCCGUGGGCAUCCUCUCACCGCGUUGCUGGGGACGAGAGAGAGAGAGAGAGAGAAAUGGAGAGAGAGAGAGAGAGAGAAGGAAAAAUAUUUAAAAAAAACAAAAAAACACACAAAAAAAAAAAGGAGGAAAAAAAAAAAAAAAAAGCAAAACAGGAAGGAUUUAAAGCUGGGACAGACAUUUGCCUAAUUUUAUAAUAAACACUGUCUUUUCAGGAUCGCUUCAUGGAUCGGAGAACUUUCUAACCAAAAAUGUAAAAAAAAAAAAAAAAACAAAAAAAAACCACAAAAAAACUAAAAACCACAAAAACACAAAAAAAGUGAAAGGACUACUUAUCAUUUCCAGCAGUCACAAUGACAAGUUAAGGUGGGUUAUCAGUUCAAACAUAGGAAGGGGAUUCCUUGGUUUUUUUGGUCUAAAUAUCUUUCUUUUUUAAUUAUCGUUUUAUAGGUCUGUUGUACAGGCCAUUAUGUCAUACAAGGUGUUUAUAAUCGUAUCAAUCAUGUUGGGGGUUCCUUUCUUAACUGGUACAAUUUAGGCAGGCCUGUAUUACUGGUGUAUCUCUAUUAUUAUUAUUAUGAUUAUUAUUAUUAUUAUUUUUAUAUAUAUAGU